AUGUCCAAUACGGUCUCUAUCCCACAGCAAUCAAUAAAAUCUACAGGUACUUCCGGAUCACGUAAACGUGUGUUUUCGUUUCAGGCACGAUGGCUACACUCGUUGCCAAUCAUUGAGCGUUCCUUAUCUUCUACGGAGAUGAAUGGUCAAGUACUCAAUAAGGCUCUGUAUCGAUUUGAUAAUGCAGUGUCUCAUACUCCAGUAGCUACGUCAACAAUCGAGAGUCCUGAGAAACAACAGGACGUUAUUGUGUGCAUGUUGUGUGACGAUCCAUCAUCAAAACGUGAACUAACAAAGAUAUGGAGCCGUUCCAAUUGUCGACGUGGACGUAUUGAGAAUCAUUUAAUGAGCAAACACCCGGAAUUCAUGAGGUUAUUGAAACAUAAGCGUGAGGCUGAAGGGGAUUUGGCGGUGCAAAUUUUCUUGCAAAAUUUGCGCGAAGGACGGUGUAAUGCACGAACGGAAAUCAACAAUGGACUCUAUGGUCAAUUGAAUGGUCUUGGUGUCGAUCAUUCGAAUCCAGCUGCAGUCGACCAAGAUACAGAGCUUCCGAAACGUGCUUUUGGUGAGUAUCUGAACGGUCACGAUGGAUCCGAGAGCAACCGAAAGCGUACAAAACUCACGGAAUGUUCGACCAAUGAUAAAGACACUUUGGAUGUGGCAGAGUCGGUAUACUCUGCUGGAAGUAUCGCGACAGUACGCGCAAAUGAAGCUACGAGUGCAAAUGCAGCGACUGUUGGUGGUGUGUCCAGCUUCACUUCUUCUGUGUUGUAUCAAGAUGAAGUUAUGUCUGCGCACUGGCAGGCAGUAUUUUUCAACAAACUGGUGGUCGUUAUUGGCGGAGAGAAUCAGUCAAUGUCGACGAUAGCGAUACAAUUGUGGCUCUUGGGGGCGAACGUAUUGCUUACUUUUACGAACAUGUCAGCCUUGGACGACUUUAAUACAAAACAUAUUGGCCGCUUUUCAGAUCCGUCGAGUAGUAAAGACAGCCCACGUGGUGUGAUGAUUCCCGUGCUGGGCUCGUUUCGAACACAAUCAGAUAUCAGCGAGUGGUGCAGCUCAGUUGCUACAAAAUAUCAGCGCGUAAAUUUCCUGAUAAAUUACGUUGGCUCCGAAAUGGCCGAGUUGCUAUCAUCUGAACAUACCAAAGAAAACCUGAUCGACAGUGAGCUUAUUGUGUCUAACGUGGCCCUCAUUGAAGCUCUUAAUGAGUCCAUGGUGUCAACCUGCUUCUCGGAUCGCGCUAGUAGCGAAAACGGCUGGCUAACACCUAGUAGCGGUACGAUCAUACACGUUGCACCUACACAAGAUAAUGCUGCCAUUGAGUCGCUUGUGAAUGCAUUAGCUGUCAAGCUACAACCGCGCAACAUCCAAGUAAAUUGCGUGUUGCUGCCAUCGCGACAAUCGAGUAACGCUGACAAUGUGGAAGCUUCUGAUGAGAUGGCUGUAUUGUCACACUCGAUUUUGUUUCUCCUGUCACCAUUGAGUCGGCUAUUAUCAGGCAGUGUACUGCGUCUUCAGCAGGACACGACAUUGUCACAAGCAUUGGCUGUAGCAAACAGGAGAACAGAUGUAUCAUCACCAUCCACAACCGAAAGUGCUGAUGAUACUACCGAUGUUCAUUCAAUAUGA